CAUCAAGAAGGAAAAAGCAAUCUCCUUGUCAUCGAGAAGGAAUUUGUAUUUUUCUUAAUGCUUAAGCUUUUGUUGCUCAUCCUCUAGAAAAGAGAAUUCAGGGUCCGGUUAGGAAGGCAAUACAUUAGGAUAUAAUCAUCUGGGAACAUUGGCGGUGUGGAGAUUUGAGGCAGUGAACGGCUGGUGCUUAAAUUCUGGACUGAAAGUUGGGAUCUUUAUGGCCUUUCUUGUUUUGGAUGAAUAGGGUUUAUGUGGUUUGUGGGUUUCUCCUGCCACUUUCAUUAGUUUGUGUUGGUGUCUGAGGAGAUACGGGGUUGUUCGUGAAUCGUGACUUGGGAGUGUUUAUCCAGUGAUGGGUUCUUCUGGGUUUUUCUUGAUCUGUGCACUCCAUUCUCUGGUAGCCAUAGCUUGUGGAGGCCUAAUGAUGUUCUACUCCUCUGAGGUUUCAUCAAUGAAGCUUCAAGGAUCUACGCCCCAUGAUCAACUCUUAAUCAGAACCUCAGAUUCCUUUUCGGGUUUGCUGCUUGUGGCUGUCGGCUUCCUGCUAAUCAUGGUGGGAUUUGUUAGGGACAGGGUGUUCCAGAGCUUCUUCGCAAAAGGUUGUGUGCUCCUCCAUGUCGCGACUGCCAUUUGGAGGUUUUACUUUGAGAGGAAGGUGGAUGAACUUGCCGAUGAGUGGCCAAGGAAGGUUGUUGGCGAUAUUGCAUUAGCAGUUUCCUGGAUCCUCUUUUUGGUGUACUCAUGGAGGGAAAAGUAUGAUUAGCUUGGAAAACUGGAUUGUCUGUGCUGUGAUGAUAGGGACUCCGAAAAUUUCCCUGGUAGGCAUUGACUGCGAUUGCAAAAUGCUUAUGCAAUUGCCCAGUUAUGCUUCUUUUGGCAUGAAACAAUACAUUGGAGCUGGAAAAGUAUGGACUGUAGGUUUGUCAAUCUGGUGUCUCUGGUCUUGGGUGGUGGAGCUGCAGCCAAAAGAGCAAAAAGUAGGAUAUGAUGCGCCUGUAAUUCCUGGAUAGUUUGGUUAUGUAAUUUUCAUCAAGGCAAUUAUUUCUACUGGAAUUCCGCACAAGCUGGAGGAUGCCCAUGUUUUCAUCUUGUUCGCAGGUGUUUCGAAAAUCUCAGGGAUCGAUUAAUUGUCGCUAUAUUGAAGAUGGGUCAAAGGUCGGAGUUUGGAGUGCUGCCAUCAUUUGCUUCACGUUGAGAAAUUGUUUUGUAGAUUUUAUUUACAGAUAAUAGCAACGAGUGGAUGUUGUCAUGACCCGCCAGCUGUUGGUGAAUUCAUGUUUUAGCAUAUAGUGCUUGAAUCUUAGAAGUGGAGAUAAGGGAAACCUGUGCAGUUCUGCCUGUUUGCUUUUUAAGUCAUCCAAGAGGAUGAAGCUCGUUUCCUCAAUUGAAGUUCUUGUACAUUCAGAUCGACUUCUUUGUCAAAACAUUCUCUGUCACCUUUGUCCACUUCAAUACAAAAUUAGCCAAUUACGUGCAAA